UUUUGUAACCAUAACUGCUUAUUUUUGAGGACAAAGAAGAGCCAAAUAUCAUUUUGAUUUUUUUGAACAAAUUCCAUCACUUGUUCUACACCAUGGAAACUGUUCACUCGGAACAUUCUAAACGUGUUUAUCAAGGAGUCCGUGUCAAGCAUACAGUCAAAGACCUACUAGCAGAGAAAAGGUCCCGACAGACAAAUGUGUCCUUCAAAUACAAUACUGGAACUAACUCCUCUCAAACUCCAGCUUACGUCCAAAUGUCUGGUUCCCAUGUAAUACCUGGUUACUACGGUGUAAGAAGGCCUUAUCUGUCAGAUUCUGAGCUGUCUCAUUGCCACUCAUCUAAGCAGUACACAGCAGAUGUAUACUCAUCUUCCCUGGGAGGGAAGACCCUUGGCUGUGACCCACCGGGAGUCUCUGGGUAUCAACCUCUGUUUGAUCCGUACCUUACAGAAACAUUUGGAGAUUACCGCACAUCAGCGUUCCCAUCUGGGGCAAAUUCCAUUUUCACAUCUCAGGCUCCCCCGCCUCUCAUCCCUCCUUUUCCCAACGAGUCAUCACAUUUUCUGCUGAGAGAUUCGUGGGACAGUGUUCCAGACAGUGUCAACCAGGGCGAUGCAAUUUGUGACUCCCUCCAGCAGAUGCAGGCGAGUGUGACUAAUUGUCAAGCUUCUCACGACAAUAACCACUCUCUGUCAGGCCAUGACUCCACCUCCGCAUCUCAGUACAGGAACACCAACCGGAACAGCAGCAUAUCAAGCCAGGGAUCGCAGCCGUAUCCUCUUCACCCGCUGGAGGAGAUGCACUUUGCCUCCAGUUACCAAGCUGCCUCGGCAUACGGAUGUGCACCGUUUAUGACUGUACCCUCAGAAUUGGCUGCCAAGGUCGUCCAUCUCUCUUCUGAAGAAUCUCCUGAAAUACCAACCACCUCAAUGCUCGAUGCCUCCUCCUGGGCAAAAGAAGACGCCAGCACCACCUGGCCUUUAUAUGAAGUCAGGCGGACCUAUUAAAAUGACCAUUCAAUUGUAAAUUUAGCUGCAUGAAGGGCCCCAGUUGUUUCUUUCAAGGUUGUCGUGCGCUUAU